AUGUCAUCACCUACCCCCUACCAUUCAUCGAACUUAUCUCCAUCCGACGCAUUCACCUUCCUUGAUUUGAAUCAAAUUUUUCCACCACCCCCGCUUAAUGAUGUUCAAGGAUUUGUGUCACAAAACAACGGAAUACCUUUCAAAUCUCUUAGAAAGCGCAUAUUCCGUGAGAAUGUUCGAGAAGAAGCAAAAAGGCAUGGCAUUUACGACGUGCAAUUGAUGAGAACCCUUAUUCUGCUUGUCUGGAGAAAAGCAUUACUAAAUACUGCGCCUGGUCAAGGACCUUUAGCUUCAUAUUUUAAAGGUGAAGCUAUACAUGGUUCUGGUGCAGUCAAUGCUGGUAUCUUUGAAGCAAAUAUGUAUUUGGCUGAAGAUC